AAAGUGGGUGGGGACAUCCAAGGUAUUGUCGACUCGGGAUAAUCGCAACGCACGCUCGGGCGACAGUGACGGAACGCUGAGCUGAGAAUUGAUCCGCGUUUCAAAGGAAUAAACAAGACGCGUUUGGCCAAAGAUUGAUUUUGGAAAUCCAACACCAUGACUGCAGAGGAGAUUAUAAACAUCAAGGAAGCAGAGAUCAUCAAGCUGAUUUUGGACUUUCUCAACUCCAGGAAGCUUCACAUAAGCAUGCUGGCUUUAGAAAAGGAGGGUGGGAUAAUCAAUGGGCUUUAUUCAGAUGAUAUGCUCUUUCUGAGGCAACUUAUAUUAGAUGGCCAAUGGGAAGAAGUUCUGCAGUUCAUACAGCCUUUAGAAUGCCUGGAUAAAUUUGACCGGAAAAGAUUUCGAUAUAUCAUCUUAAAACAGAAGUUUCUGGAAGCUCUUUGUGUAAACAAUGCCAUAUCGGCAUCAGAGGACCCUGAGAAUCUGGAGCUUACCAUGCAGGAUGCGGUAAAGUCCCUCCAUGCCUUAGAAGAGUUCUGCUCAACCAAAGAAGACUACAGCAAACUUUGCCUGCUGCUCACCCUCCCUCGCCUCAACAACCACGCCGAAUUCAAAGACUGGAACCCCAGCACGGCCCGCGUCCACUGCUUCGAGGAAGCCUGCUCCAUGGUGGCCGAGUUUAUCCCUGCAGACCGCAAACUAAGCGAAGCCGGUUUCAAAGCCAGCGGGGAUCGUCUUUUCCAACUCCUCAUUAAAGGAAUACUGUACGAGUGCUGCGUUGAGUAUUGUCAGAGCAAAGCGACCGGAGAAGAGAUCAGCGAAGAGGAAGUCCUCCUAGCUGUCGAUGUUCUUUGCGGUAACGGUUGUGAAGAACUGGACCUCAGUUUGCUCUCGUGGCUGCAGAACCUCUCGUCGUCCGUCUUCGGGUGUGCUUUCGAGCAGAAGACACUGAACAUCCACGUGGACCGUCUCGUCAAACCAGCCCGGACGGGUCACGCGGACCUUCUCACACCUCUCCUUACAAAACUCUCACCUUGCCCGGCUUCGCCCCUGCGGCGACCCCAGUCGGCAGAUACGUACAUGUCCCGAUCUCUCAUUCCUGCUUUGGACGGCCUGUCACACGGCCUGGCGGGAAGGGAAAAGAAAAACACAGAUGGUGCUGGAAAGACAGGGCCGAUGUCGCAGUCUUUCGCUAACUUUGGAUAUCCAUCUGGAGGAAACGCGAGCUCCAGCGCACUCUUCACUCCUGUCUUUGGUGAAUCUCCAGACAGAGCACAAGCUCAAGCUGAGAGGACAAACGGAUCAGGAGGAACUAACUCACAGCGUCCUCCACUGACACCCGGGAGAGAUGGUGGCUCCAUGGGGUCGGGUGAAACGUCUGAGGAGCAGCUCCAGGAGUUCCAGCGUCAGCGGUUACGCGUGCAGCAGCAUCUCGAGCAGAAACAACAGCAGAGGGAGCUGUAUCAUCAGAUGCUGCUGGAGGGUGGAGUUCAUCCUCCGGAUCAACCCACAGAUGCGGCCCGCCACAACCUCACCCAGAAGUUCCUAAACAGGUCCAUUCAGAAACUGGAGGAACUCAAUGUGGGCAUGGAAGAUCUGGGAGAAGACGUCCAGGCUUUGGCUCAGCAGUGUAAUGGUGUGACGGCGGGUGGGAAACAGACCCCUGAAACUGGUUUUGGUGGGAUUAAAGCUUCGGUGGCCAGCAGCACCCCUCAUAAGGGAGGAGGUCGGGGGGUGCCAUCGCUGGACGAGUCUCCUGUACUGGUCAACCAGAGCAUGUUUCAGGAUGAGAAACCCAAAUCCCCAUUCGUCGCAGUGCAGACGCUGGAGGACACACAAGCUGUACGGGCUGUUGCUUUCCACCCGUCCGGGACCCUUUACGCUGUGGGCUCGAACUCGAAAACCCUGUGUGUCUGCACCUACCCACAGUCCCUCAAAGCUAGUGCUCAAAGUCCAGCAAAGCAACCGGACAUCUGUUUCAAACGUAUUAAACACCAUAAAGGCUCCAUCUACUGCGUUGCCUGGAGUCCCUGCGGACAGCUGCUUGCUACGGGGUCCAAUGACAAGUAUGUCAAAGUGCUGCCCUUCAACGCAGACACCUGCAACGCCACAGAAAUCGAGACUCAUCAGACCAGGCAACAUUUUUCCAGUCUUCAACUGUCCAAUUUUGGGCCAGAUCUAGAGUUCAGCAUGCAUGAUGGUACCAUCCGAGACCUGGCGUUUAUGGAGGGCCCUGAAAGCGGUGGAGCCAUCCUCAUCAGUGCUGGUGCUGGAGACUGCAACAUCUACACCACUGACUGCCAGAGAGGACAAGGCCUACACGCUCUCAGCGGACACACAGGCCACAUACUGUCCCUUUACACGUGGGGUGGAUGGAUGAUCGCCUCCGGCUCUCAGGAUAAGACGGUGAGGUUCUGGGAUCUGCGUGUACCCAGCUGUGUGAAGGUUGUGGGGACGGCUCUGCAUGGAACAGGAAGUGCAGUGGCCUCUGUUGCAGUGGAUCCCAGCGGUCGGCUAAUGGCCACCGGAUUGGAGGACUGUCGUUGCAUGCUCUAUGACAUCAGAGGUGGCCGAACGGUUCAAGCAUACCGUCCGCACACCAGCGACCUCCGUUCUGUUCGCUUUUCUCCCGGUGCACACUAUUUGCUCACGGGUUCUUAUGAUAACAAAGUCAUGAUCACUGAUCUUCGUGGGGAUCUGACCAAAACCCUUCCUGUAACGGUUGUUGCUGAACAUGCAGAUAAAGUGAUCCAAUGUCGAUGGCACACCAGAGAUCUCUCCUUCCUCUCCUCUUCAGCUGAUAAAACGGUCACAUUAUGGGCGUAUCAGCCUUAAUCUGCACCGUUCUGCUGAAAGAAGCUGUAAGAAAUAGCACAGAAAUAUUAUGAAUGAUUAUAAAUAUGUCGGGGUGUGUUUGUAUUUUUUUGUAACUUGCUCUAGUGCACUCACAUUACUGUAAAAAGAAAUCGACUGUUCACUUCUCAUUCUUGGAAUUGCAUGUCUACUGGAAAAACUCCUUUUUAGUCAAAUAUGUCGCAAUGCAGAAAAAGGUAGAGCUUUUCACAACACAAAAUGCCACACUUGCUUCGAUUUGUGGUUUGCGAUUUAAGGUGAAUGAAACCGUCCCGGAAAUGUGAUUUAAACUGUGCCUUGAGGUAUUGUUGUCUGUAGUUAAAUUGAAUGUCUUGUAAAUAAGAGCUUUUUUGUAUUUACCUAAAUUAUAAUUACAGUAUAAGCUACAGUUACAGCUGUAUAGCACAUUGCACUAUGAACAUCUACAUUAUGUUUAAAAAAACCUGAUGUCUCUCAUUUCGCACUUGCAGAAUAAGCAGCAUGAAUGGUCACUUUUUCAUUAAUAUACAUGCAAAUGUAAAUAAACCACCAUGAUGUAAAUACUAACAGCAGAUGUUUUGUCAAGUCAUGAAUUGAAACAGCUAAAAUGUUUGAAAUAUUUUUAAGAAUGGUUUUACUUCGGAUUGUCGUUUUCAAAAUGCAUACAUUUAUAUGCGUAAUAUGCAUCACAUUUGCACACAAAUUUAGCACUUUUUUCUAUUGACAUGGAGGAGUUAUGAUAGUCACUAUUAGUCAUCUGUUUAUCAUUUCUUUAUUUCAAUGU